AUGACAGUCACAGAAGAGCCUACCUUUGUUCCUCCCAGUGUAAUCUCUGAUUACCUUUUCUCUGGUCAAUCUUACGCCUACUACACACCAUGCCCGAACGCGAUUACACCCAAAGAUACAGCCGGAAAGACGGUAGAAAGUACACCCUGUGUACUGGGAGUAGAUGAAGCUGGCCGUGGUCCUGUUCUAGGACCCAUGGUAUACGGUGUCUUCUACCUUCCCCUGGAGCUCCAUCACUCGCUCUUGACUGAAGAGCACAGUUUUGACGACAGUAAGGUCCUGACACCUGCUGUGCGUGCCAAUCUGAUGCACCUGCUAAAUACACCUGAAAACAACCUGUACGAGUCCUGCGGUUAUGCAAUUAAAUCACUCUCGGCGCGCGACAUCUCUUCCGGCAUGAUGAGAGCCCCCACUGCCGUCUAUAACCUGAACGCCCAAGCGAUGGAUGCAACGAUAGAACUCAUUCGAGGCGUGGUGGAAGAGCGUGGGGUGGAUGUGCGAGAGGUGUACAUCGACACAAUUGGCAAUCCGAUCACAUAUCAACAGAAGUUGGAGAAAAUCUUCCCGUCACUCAAGAUCACAGUGGCCAAAAAGGCGGAUUCGCUAUACCCGUGUGUGAGUGCUGCCAGUGUGGCGGCCAAGGUGACGCGUGAUGUGACGCUGGAACUCAUGUACGAGGCCAUUGUUCAGGCUGAGCAGUCUGAUCCCACCCUCGAGACUUGGGGGAGCGGCUAUCCCUCGGAUUCCAAAUGUGUCGGCUGGCUUCGACGCAACAUGGAUCCGGUCUUUGGAUGGGGAAGCGAGUGCCGGUUUAGCUGGGGCACCGCAAGGGAAAUGCUCGAAGUGAAAGGAGGGGCCCGGGUGGACUGGCCUGUCGAUGAAGAAGAUGGGGCUUCCACGAUGAACGAUUUCCUACUCUCAUCAGCCGGCAAAGGCUCCAAGGGAGAUGGGCUACGAGACUGGUAUGGACAACGGUCCUCGAAGAUCCUCUGA